UUUUCAUUCGAUCACGUUUUUUCCCGUUUUUUCCCCCUCAGAAUGCACAUUUCUGACGGUUCAUUCAUUUGACUCGUUUAAAAGAAGAGCAGGUACGAGACUGACGACGCCAGAUCACAGUCCAGCUGCCCACACCGUGACCCACACUGUGACCACCGUGUUCCUCUCAUACACCGUCUAUGGACCAACAACCUGCUGGACUGACUGGGCUGCAUGCGCGUUUGGGUCGCGCGCUACUGGUGGGCUGUGCGCCGUCACGCGCCGAAGGUGCCAUGAAAUGAAGAAAACUCACUUGCGGAGGGGAAGCGCACCUAUUUUAAAAGAGCGCGUAUGGGAACAUAAGAGAAAUUGGAUUAAUAGCUUGCUCGACUAAGAAAAUGGCCAAAAACACAUCUCUUUAUUUUAGGAUUGUCGAGGGCAGGAACCUCCCGGCCAAAGACGUGUCUGGAACCAGUGAUCCAUACUGCAUUGUAAAAGUUGACAAUGAAGUUGUUGCCAGGACGGCCACAGUGUGGAAGAACCUCAGCCCUUUCUGGGGCGAAGAAUACACUCUACACCUCCCGAUGGGGUUCCACUCACUGUCCUUCCAUGUCAUGGACGAGGACACGAUUGGCCAUGAUGAUGUUAUUGGAAAGAUUACUCUGACGAAAGAAGAUAUUGGAGUUCAAGCUAAAGGAAUAGAUUGUUGGCUGAAUCUGACGAGGGUCGACCCUGAUGAAGAAGUCCAGGGAGAGAUCCAUCUGAGUCUGGAGCUGCUGAAAGACACAGAGAAGAUCUGCCUGCGAUGUCAAAUCAUCGAAGCCAGAGACUUGGCUCCAAGAGACAUUUCUGGAACGUCUGAUCCGUUUACAAGAGUUAUUUUCAACAAUCACAGUGCAGAGACCUCGAUUAUCAAGAAGACACGUUUCCCUCACUGGGGAGAGACCCUGGAGCUGGAUUUGGACGCAGAGGAGCUGAGUGGGGAGGGAACUGUCACUGUGGAGGUCUGGGACUGGGACAUGGUGGGCAAGAAUGACUUUCUUGGGAAGGUGGAAAUCCCUUUUGCUUGUUUGCACAAAACACCUCCAUUAGAGGGUUGGUUUCGUUUGCUUCCCUUGGGAAACAAUGAGGUGGAUGCUGGUGGCAAGCUGGGAGCGCUGCGUCUGAAGGUGCGUUUGGUGGAGGAUCGGAUCUUGCCAUCCGUGUACUAUCAGCCCCUCAUUCACCUUCUGGUGGAGUCCGUCAUCUCCCCUACAGAGGUGGAGGACAGCACUGCUCUGACCAUGCUGGAGGAGGUGAACACUGUUGAGAGCCGGCAGGAUGUGGCGAUGACCCUGGUGAAGAUCUAUCUGGGCCAGGGCCUGGUGGUGCCUUUCCUAGAUUACCUUAACACCCGGGAGGUCAACCACACCACUGACCCAAACACAUUAUUUCGCUCCAACUCGCUUUCCUCCAAGGCCAUGGAACAGUUCAUGAAGGCUGUCGGCAUGCUGUAUCUACAUGAGGUGCUGAAGCCCAUCAUCAACCGCAUCUUUGAUGAGAAGAAGUAUAUUGAGCUGGACCCAUGUAAGAUCGACCUGAAUCGAACGAGACGAAUUUCAUUCAAGGGUGCAGUGUCAGAGGCAGAGGUGCGGGAAAGCAGCGUGGAGAUGCUGCAGAGCUACUUAACCAGCAUCAUUGAAUCAAUCGUGGGCUCAGUCGAUCAGUGUCCUCCUGUCAUGAGAGUGGCCUUCAAACAGCUACACAAGAGAGUCGAGGAGCAAUUUUCUGAACCGGAGAAUGAGGACGUGAAGUAUCUGGCCAUCAGUGGAUUUUUUUUCCUGCGCUUUUUUGCUCCUGCAAUCCUCACACCUAAACUGUUCCAGCUGAGGGAUCAGCAUGCCGAUACACGUACAAGCAGGACGCUACUUCUGCUGGCCAAGGCAUUGCAGAGUGUCGGGAACUUGGGCCUUCAGCUAGGUCACGGAAAGGAGCAGUGGAUGGCGCCUCUUCAUCCCAUCAUCCUACGCAGUGUCGCCUCUGUCAAAGACUUCCUGGACAAGUUGAUCGACAUAGAUCACGACAUUGUGUCUGAGGUGCCACAGAGGGCUGUAUUCAUGCCCUCAGUCACAGUUAAAGAGGGUUACCUCCACAAACACAAGGCAGAGGGACCCCAACUGCUGUCCCGAUUUGCCUUUAAGAAACGUUACUUCUGGUUGACUAGUGAGACGCUGUCCUACGCCAAGACGCCUGAUUGGCAGGUGCGCUCCUCGAUCCCCAUUCAGUGCGUGUGUGCCGUGGAGAGGCUGGAUGAAAAUGCCUUUCAGCAGCAGAAUGUAAUGCAGGUCAUCACCCAGGACAACGAUGGACAGCUGCACACAAUAUACAUCCAGUGCAAGAAUGUGAAUGAGCUUAACCAGUGGCUGUCGGCAAUCAGAAAAGUCAGCAUCUACAAUGAGCGCAUGCUGCCCUCUUUCCACCCAGGGGCUCAUCGCAGUGGCAAGUGGACCUGCUGCCUGCAGGCGGACCGUGCUGUUACAGGCUGCAGUAGAACCCACUCAGCUGUCACUCUGGGUGACUGGAGUGACCCACUGGAUCCUGACGUGGAGACUCAGACCAUAUUCAAGCAGCUGCUCCAGGGAAAAGACAAACUCAGGAAAAAAUAUCUGGAGAUGCCAGACGCUGAUCAGACGUCCACCAAUUUAGAAAAGAUCAGCUCAGACAUUCACCCAGAUGGUGCAGAAUGCAAUGUUCAGCUAAUGAAGCCAGGUCAGAGUAUUGCUGCUCGGGUGUUGGCGGUGAUAGAGGAUCUGGAGCAGGCUCACAACACCUUUCAGCGCAGAGAAAAAGAGAACGGCACCAGCGUCAAUCUAAAUCCCUAGACUCGACACGGUCUGGGAUCCAGUACUAAUGCCUGAAAGGGGGGGGGCAGCACCCUGUACCAACAUCAGAUAGUCACUCUCUUGAUAACCAGGGAGAAUAAGUGUCCGCAGGGCCCAACCUCUUCCAGCUUUUUAGCACAUUUCCCUCUGUAAAAGGGAAUUCUGCCACUUUGAAUCUUUUUGUAUUCUCUGAGUGCCACCGACUUCAACAGCGCCGGAGAGAGAUUAUGAAACUUGACGAUAAAUGUGGGGGGCAAGGGACUUUGAAGCAUAAUCUGACUUGAUAUUUUUUAUGUAAAUAACAAGCAAUCUCUUGCAUGGCCUGCAUCCACUUGUUGUGAAAUGUGAAAAGAAGCUUUUAUAUUUUAAGAUACUGUACAGGGCCUCUGUCAGGGUCAAACAUUUUUAUGCAAAAAGCUUGUAGUGUAAUCUACAGUACCUGAAUGUAUGGUGUUUUUGAUAUUGCUUUUACCAACGUUUUGUAUUUUAUGGAGGCAAUUUAUCACCAUGGUUGCAAUGUAGCAGUGACAUUAAUGUUAUAGGUCAUACCCCCAUGAGUUAAUGAAACGCCGGUGCACAUACCACACUAUAACGCUGCCUGUAAAGUGAGCAAAAUGAAUAUUAUCUGAACUGUUUCUGUGGUCCCCUUAUACAAAAAAAAAAACAUGUUUUUUUGGUGCUAUGUCCAGUUAACUUAAAUCUUUGUUUCUGAUGUAAUUUGCAUAUUGAAAACAUUUCACGUCGCCAUUCCCAAAGUUAUGAUGGUAAUAUUUACCUGUUGAAAAUAUAAUGUCCAUACCAAUACAAUUUUUGUGCCACUUUAUUUGGCUCAUAGGUGAAACGAUAUGUUUGAGAUGCCAAAUUUGUUUUGAAAAUGUAAUUUUGAAGCAUUUAAAUCACACAAUUUUUCUUUACUUAUCUGUGAGACACAAAAUAUGUACACGGACAUGUUGUAAAAGAAUUUCCCGUAGAUCGAGUAGUGUUCAGUGUCUUUCCCCUAAACAGAGAAGGUCAGCGAGUGUAAUGGAGAUCAGAUCUGUGAUCUCUCAGCAGGCCACCCUGCCUCUGGAGCUGUUUACAUUAUAUUCUGGUACAGCUACUGUAGUGUCUUUCUUUUAGAGGAAGAACCGUGGAAUAUUUAUGUGUGGAGUAAACAUUAUCCCUUUCUUUAGACUUGGUUCAUAUGACAAUCAAUAUUCUGCAUUCUAGAGUAAACAUCAGAUGUAGCUUGUAAACUUGAUAUUCCCUGAAUGAGGGCUUUUAUUCUGAAGAGGAACUCUACUGCCUGUACUUUAUUUUGCAAAUACACUCAUGAUGGUUUGUUCCAAGUGGAUUGUUACUGUGAACUUAACACAACUGUAUUAUUCAGUAAACUUUAUUAUGUCAGCUAAUCAGUCUAGUGUCACAUUUGUACCCAGGAAAACAAAAAUGACACCUCAUUAUAAAUCCAUUUAAGGAACACUUCAAACCCCACAAAUGACCAAAAAAUGUUUAUCAAUUACUCACCUAAAAGUUGUGCAAUGACUCCGUCGAAAUGUAAUGGAGUAAAAGUGAUAAUAUUUUUCUAAAAAUAAUAAAAAAUUGACUUGAUUACAUGGAUCGGAGUUAAAGUUAGUUCUUAUAACCACCUAUGGAAACAGGAGAGAUUAAGGAAGAUUACGAAAGACUAAAGGGGAAGAUUAAAUUAAUUUAAUUAAACAUAAGCCUUCCCUGAGAUAUGUUCCUAUUUCCAGAUUGAAAUUUAUUUUAUGCAUUUUCUUAUUUAGUUUACUCUUACCUUUAUAAAUUAUUUUUUUCUUCCUUUUUUUAAUUUGCUUAUUUUUAUACUGUUCCAAUCUCAAAUACUGUCCCAUUUAUUUUUUAUCAUCUGCUUUAUAUCUGUGAAUGUACAUGAAUAUAAUUUUAAAACUCUUUCAUGUAAAUGUAAAUGAGCAUUGACUCAACAAUAUACUGUAUGUUUAAUCUGCUCUGACUUAAUAAAAAAUAAGAAUAUUUGAAAUAAAAUUAUGCCACACAAA